AUGCACAUAAUCAAGCCUUCAUGGCUUAGCCAUAGUGGCGAACAAAAGGACUUCGAGGUCUACAGCUGCCACAUCUCUCCCGAUGGCUCGAGACUGGCCACUGCGGGAGGGGAUGGCCACGUCCGGGUUUGGUCCACCGAAGCUAUUUACAACGCCGACAAUGAGAGCUUCAGGAAACCAAGGCAGCUCUGCCACAUGAGCCACCACCUGGGAACCAUCCACUCGGUGCGCUUUUCUCCCAACGGCCGUUACCUCGCAUCUGGUGCCGACGACAAGAUCAUAUGCAUAUAUCAGCUCGACAGCAACCCCCCGUCCCACACGGCGACGUUUGGGACCAAUGAGCCACCACCGAUCGAGAACUGGAAGACAUAUAAGCGUCUGGUUGGACACGAGAACGAUGUGCAGGAUAUAGCAUGGUCUUAUGACUCCUCAAUCCUUGUGUCUGUCGGUCUGGACUCCAAGGUUGUCGUGUGGUCUGGGCACACCUUUGAGAAGCUCAAGACGCUUGCAGUGCAUCAAAGCCAUGUCAAGGGAAUCACCUUCGAUCCCGCAAACAAAUUCUUUGCUACGGCCAGCGACGACCGCACCAUCAAGAUAUUCCGAUUUACGCCGCCCGCCCCGAAUGCGACGCAGCACGAUAUGGUCAACAACUUUGUGCUCGAAACCACCAUCAACACUCCAUUCAAGAGCUCGCCCCUCACCACGUAUUUCAGGAGGUGCUCGUGGUCGCCGGAUGGCAACCACAUAGCAGCCGCGAAUGCCGUUAACGGUCCCGUCAGUUCUGUAGCCAUCAUAGAAAGAGGCAGCUGGCUGUCGGAGAUCAACCUGAUCGGUCACGAGGGGCCUACCGAGGUCACUCAGUUCUCGCCACGGCUGUUCCAUACCACGGAUCCCGCGCUCGCUAAUGGCAAUAGCAAUGGGAGCAGCAACUUGGUGACGGUCAUAGCGUCAGCGGGCCAGGACAAAACGCUCAGCAUCUGGAACACAAAUACUUCUAGACCCCUCGUCAUCCUUCAGGACCUGGCCUCAAAGUCGAUUGCGGAUUUGUCAUGGACGCCAGACGGACAGGUUUUGUUUGUGUGCAGUCUCGAUGGCGGCAUAUACGCCUUGAAGUUCGAAGAGGGCGAGCUUGGCUGGGUGGCGACGGCUGAGGAGAACGACAAGGCUCUGCAGAAAUACAGCAGCUCGAAAAAAGGUGCCGGUACCGCUGAGGACAUUGAGAGUUUGAAUCUUGAAAACCAAAGCAAAGCUGGAGAGUUACGAGGUGCAGAGAAUCGCAUGGGCGCGCUCAUGGGCGAUGCCCUCGUGUCUGAAACUGGCGGAGCAUCUCCUGCCGCUGUCGCACCUGCCACUAACGGGGUUAAAGCCGCGAACGGUGACGUGAAUGGCGACUCAACUACUAACAACGGCGAGAAGGACAAGGACAAGGAAAAGGAAAAGGAAAAGGACAAGGAAAAGGACAAGGAAAAAGAGAAGGAAAAAGACAAAAACGCCUCCAAUGAAGACGACGAGGCAGAGGAGAGCGAGGCAAAGAAGGCCGAGCGCAUAGCUGCGCUCAAGUCUCGAGUCACAAUCACAAAGGACGGCAAGAAGAGGGUCGCGCCCAUGUUGGUAUCCUCUUCAGGCACGGGAACGUCGUCUUUGCCACAGUCCCACCUCGUUGGUAAAAGUUCAACGAAAGCCGCUCAGGCCGACGCACCGCAGGCAAUCCUCGAUCUCACCCAGCCUUUUGAUGGCUUGCCCAAAGGAGGCUUGGCAUCGAUGCUACUGGGCAACAAACGGAAAGCAGCUGCGCUCGAGGAGGACUAUGAAGAAGAUUCAACUACCAAGAAGCCUAAUAAUGGGCCGGUGCCUGUCCUUGUUAACGGCGUCGGAGGGACCGAACCAGCGCAGCUUAAAGAGCAGGCCGAUGGUGUGGUUCCUAUUCCCGAGGUACUGCGACCGGCUGUUUUGAGUUCCUCGAUCACGUACUCCCAGGUCAGGCUUGGGGUUCCCAAGGUCAGGUCACACAUAUUGCGGCCGCUGGCAAGAGGCGUGCUUCAGGACGAAACCACCCUUGAGGACGCAACCAAGGUUCCUGAGAACGUCAUAUUCGAGGCGAGGAACCCCGUCGCACCCCGUGACCCGUCUCAUGUAACGGCCACAAAACGUGGGGUGCUGCUAUGGCAUGAUUUUCUCCCCAAGGCCGUCAUGCUAGUUACCGGUAACAAGAACUUUUGGUCUGCAGCGUGCGAAGAUGGCACAUUAUAUGUGUGGUCUCCCGCGGGCAGGCGGCUGCUUAGCGCAGUGGUUCUCUCGUCCCAGCCCGUAAUUUUGGAAAGCCGCGGGUAUUGGUUGCUCUGCAUCACGGCCGUUGGUCUUGUUCAUGUGUACAACGUCAAGACUUUCACGUCGCCAUUCCCGCCAGUGUCCCUGGCACCGAUCCUGGACAUAGCCAUCCACACCCUCAGCCCCCAUGGCCCGACGCCUGGCCUUGGCGUGACUUCUGCUCACCUGAACUCCGAAGGCAUGGUGGUCGUCACGUUGAGUAACGGAGAUGGGUUUCUCUAUUCACCGACUAUGUACUCGUGGCAGCGACUCUCGGAGACUUGGUGGGCCGUCGGGAGCCAGUACUGGAACAGCAAUGACAGUUCUAUCAGUGCUCUUCAGACGACCGCCGUCGGUCCAAACGAAGCACCUGCGCCCAAGUCGCAGGAUGGCGUGUCAGUCUCCGCAGGCAUCAUACCAUUCCUGGAGCGCCAUACAACGAACGAGUUCCUGUUACGCGGCCGAGCGUACACUCUACAGCGUCUUAUCAAGACUCUACUCAGCCGCGAAGGAUUCGAGGGAUUUGAGAGCAGCGUCAGCAUUGCACACCUUGAGAACCGCAUCGCCGGCGCGCUGCAGCUCGGGUCCAAGGACGAGUUUAGGCUGUACCUCUUUAUGUAUGCCAAACGGAUAGGCGCUGAGGGUCUCAGGGGCAAGGUAGAGGAGCUCCUGAAUUCCCUUGUCGGUGGCGUUUUGCAGAAACGGGUAGACGGCAAAGAGGAGGAUGAAGGUUGGGGCUGGUAUGGGAAGGGGGAACUCUGUGGGUGGGACCGCAGAGAGCUUCUCAAGGGCGUCGUCAUGAUCCUGGGCAAAUUCAGGGAACUCCAACGCUUGACGGUUCAGUAUGCGCGCCUCCUCGGGCUUACUACCGAUGGCGACGACGACGAAGACAGUGCUAUGUCUAUUGAGCAGUGA